UUGUCAAACUUACAAAAAGCCUGAUGAAAUUCAUUAAAUUUCAUUCUAGAUAAUUACCUACCAAUAAUAAUAACAACAAAAUAACAAGCAGCUAGGUAAUCUACCUCGAGAUCUACCUUUAAAAAUCUCCUUAAUUAUUUUCACAUUACAUUUACCGCAGCACCGCCCACAUGAAAAGAUGUCUUCAUUGUCUUGUCGUAGGCCACAGGAGUCUGAAAAUAAGAGCUUAAGGAGUGGCUGUAAGCGGAGACGGGUGCAGCAUUCAGAAAACGAGUCACCUUCAUAUUCUGUCGAUGCAUCUCAAGAUGACAGCUCCGACAAUAGCAGUGAGGCACAGAUUUUGACUCCUACCCCGCCCUCCCCUCUUCCAGUAGAUGAGAAUGAAUGUCCAGCUUCAGAUGGUAGUGAUGCUGAACUUGAGAUGGAACCUGAUCAACUCAGCCAGCCUAUUUUUACUAGCACGUUUAAUCCACUAGCCCCUCUCUCUGGUUUCACUGGUUCAGUGGAUCAGCAUUGCGUCACCGAAGAUAUUGUUGAAAGCUACUUUGCGAGAAAGACAGUUGGAAAUCAAAAGGUAGAGAUGUAUCCAAAUAUUGAUGAGUCAUUACGUCAAGAAUACCUUGGUGUAGAAAGUGAUUCUUUUGAUCUGUUUGAUGUAUACCGUGGGUUAUUUGAAUACUGGCACUGCCAACUCAAAUCUGGUUUUAAUGUGCUAUUACACGGAAUCGGAUCAAAAAUCAAGUUAUUGAGUGAGUUUCGUAGCACUUGCCUCUCUAAUUGUCACUUAAUGGUUGUGUAUGGCUUCUUUCCAGCUCUCUCACUUAAAGAGAUCUUGAAUACAGUGACUUCUGAUAUAUUUGAACACUCUGGUCAUUUCAAAUCACUCACAGAACAGUGUAAAUUUAUAUGUUCACUUUUAUGUGAUAAAAAGUCCUCAGUUAAAGAGCUCUUCUUACUAAUUCAUAAUAUUGACGGUCGUUCCUUACAAGACAAGAAGAUGCAAGAAGUACUUAGUCUGCUGGUAACUUGCCCUUCUAUUCACAUAAUAGCCUCUACUGAUCAUCCACGUGCAUCACUACUUUGGGAUGAAAUUACUAUGAGUCGUUUCAACUGGGUUUGGCAUCAUACGCCGACAUAUGAGUCAUAUGAUACUGAACUCUCGUACGAUAAAAGUGGAACUUUCCAGAGAUCCGAUGCUUUAGUUAUAUCGUCUUUUAACCACGUAAUGAGCAGUUUGACUCCUAAUGCGAGAGGAGUUUUUCAAGUCCUGGCUAAUGUUUUAUUAGAGCAUAAAGAUGAUACCACUUUCUCUGGUUUAAGUUUCACUGAAUUAUAUCAGAAGUGUAGAGAAAGGUUUUUAGUAAGUAGUGAUGUUUCAUUACGUGCUCAGCUAACCGAAUUUAAAGAUCACAAAUUAAUCCAGUUCAAGAAAGGUCAAGAUGGAACAGAGAUAUUAACAAUACCAUUCAAACUUUCUAUAGUUGAGCAACUGAUAGAUGCACAAUGAUUGCACUUAAAUGCGUUGUUCAUGAUUAUGCUUACUCAUUUUGUUAUCACUUAUAAUUGUGUCAAAAGGUUGUAGGAUUUUUUUAUUGUGUCAUUAUGACACAGAAUGAGAAA